AUGAACACGUCCUUAUUCACGUUUGAAUGGCCUUCACAAGCUGUUAAUUCUGUUUAUGUUACUGGAACUUUUGACAACUGGUCGAAGUCAACAAAACUUGUUCAAAACAAAGAUGGUUCAUAUUCAGUCACCAUUGAAGUUCCAAAGGAAAAGAUAAUGUUCAAAUAUGUCGUUGAUGGAACUUGGCUAACCACUUCAAAAUUCAAAACCGAAAAAGAUUCAACUGGUAUUGAAAACAAUGUCAUUUACCCAGAGGAUUUAUCUCAAUAUAACGAUGAGUUACUGUCAACAAUCAAUGAAAAUUCCUCCUCAUUCGAUGUAUUAUCACCAGAAUUAAGAUCUACAAAUGAUCCACAUAACUUUGGAGUGAAUUACAAAUCUGAUACAGAAUCGAGUGCGUUCACAAAUAUAUCUGUUGGUGAUAUUAGUCCUUUUGAAAACUCAGAUUUGGAUAAUCCAGUUAAUGAAGAUGGUGGUAAUAUUGAUGAUGUUAUUAAUGACGAUGAAAGUUUCAAAUCAAUGAGUGACGAAGAGCUAUUUUCAAGUACCCAAGGAACACUUUUAGGCGUUGAUACUCAAAGUUGCAAUACUUCAAUCAAUCACCAACAACCAAAUUUGGUCAAUUUGCAAAGUACUAACGGGAGUCGUCAAUUCACAACUCAAUAUAAAGAAAAUACACCUGACAGAGUUCCAUUAAGAUUGAUACUGCUGAAAUUGAGGAAAUCAACUGUUCAUUUAUUCAGAUAUGGUUUGACAAUUUCUGCUUUGGUUUUUGGUGUUGGUAUUCAAAUCCCAUUGUUUUGGAAAGUCUCUAGUAGGUUUCUCACCUGGAUUAUUGAUGGUGCCAUGCCUCAUGAGAAUUUAUUAGUUUCUUUAAUUUAUGGUGAGUCUCGAGUUGAGGGUGAUCCAUUCGAUAUGCUGAAUGUUUGGAAAGCAUUAACUACUGCAUAUUUUGACUCCAUCACGUUCAUUAUAGUAUGGGUAUUGGUGCAUCUUAUAUUAUUCCUGGAACAUGAAUGGGUCUCAAGAGAUGCUGGUUUCAAAACAUUAAUUUUGAAGAAAGUUGGUCCGCCAGACACUUUACGUCCUUUAGCUGGAGUUAACAGAAAUCGUGCUGGUGGUCAAGGACAACCUGAGUUUAAUGAGAGAAUGAUCAGAGAUGUUCAAAAUCUGGAAAGAUUACUACAACAGAGAGAUAAUCCUCAAAACGAAGUGAUCCAGGAUGCUCUGAGAAUAAUUCAAGAAAGACAACGUGCAUUACAAAGGGAACAUCAGAACCAAUUGAGACAAAGAAACAAUAAUCAAGAAUUGAUUGAUGAAGAAGACGAGGAACAUGAUCCAGAUUUUAUUCCAACUGAUAGUUCGGAUAACGAAUCUGAAAGAAAUGUCAACUUUGAAGAUGAAGAUGGGGAUUUGUUAAGAAGACUAGAAGACGAUAGAGCUGCAAUGAGAGCUAGAGUUGAGAAUCAAGUCAAUGAAAGAUUAAAUGACAAUGAUCAAGUGCAAAGACCAAUGAUACCGUUUCCUUUUGCUGCUAAUCAACCUGCCGUGGAUAGAAUCGCAGCUGGUAAUCAAAAUAGAAACGCUGAUCAACCUAUAGAUGCUGGUCGUCUUGACUUAAAUAACCCAAGACACCAAGAGUUUCUGGAUGCAAUGAUUUUCAUGCCUCCACACUUAAGAGACCAAAAUGAAAGAAGACUUUGGGAAGAAGUUGUUGGUCCAGAUGAAGAGUUCCCAUUUGCAAAUGAUCAACCUGGCCUACCAAAUGCUAAUGUGGAAGUCCCAAUUGCUAUUAACUUACAAAACGGUAAUGGUGGUGCUAAUGCUAAUAUCGACCCAGCUGCUGCUGCUGCUGCGGCCGCGGCCGUUAAUGCUAUCCCUGUUGAACAAGAUGAUUUACUUCUGUCACUGCCUGUGUACAUGAUUAUUGUUGGUGGUGAUGCAUUCCUUGGUGUUUAUUUGUUCUUGGCUUACUUUUUGCCUUCAGGUAUCGGUAGCUUAGCUUUCAUUUCUGCAGGCUUUGUUUUCAAAACCGGUCUUAAUUUUUUGAAUACCAUUUUAACUUACACAAGACUGAAUAGCUAUGGCGACAAGAUUAUUGGUGCUAUUUUGGAAGCUAAAAAUUACAAUCAACACAUUUCCCAGACACUUGAUAAUUAUUUGAUUCUUCCAAUAGUGAAGACAUUAACCAAUGUUUAUGAGCAUAACUUACCACAAUCUACAAUUGAAAGAAUAAUUCCUUUAUUGGUGUUUUAUGGUGCCCUUUAUAGUGGAAUUUUAUCAUUUUUGUCAUAUAAGUCCAAAAAACACUCAGUGCAGAACCCACUUUUAGGAUUACAACGUAAGGUUUUUAUUGUGUUGUUGGAUUUUGUUUCAACCUUGAAAGUGUUCUUUAUUUUUGCUAUUGAGCUGGUUCUUUUCCCUGUAUAUUGUGGGUUUUUACUUGAAAUUGUUGGUUCACCAGUCUUUUCCUACAACCAUCCAUUAAUUCUAUCAGCAUUGUUCCUGGUUAAGGAUCAUAUUUCAUUAAGAAUAGCUACCUAUUGGGCAACCGGUACAAUUUAUAUGUGCCUAUUUGCUUUGUUUGUUGGUAUGACUAGAAGAUACAUCUUGAGACCAGGUGUUUUGUUUUUCAUCAGAUCACCAGAGGAUCCAAAUGCUCGUUUGAUCCAUGAUGCUCUAGUUCGCCCAUUGGGUCUUCAAUUAUCAAGAAUCGGAUUGUCAGGAUUUGUUUAUUCAAUUUUCAUUCUUGUUGGAUUUGGUGCUGUUACAUAUACUUUGAAAUUAACCAACUCGCCAAUUUUGCCUUUACAAUUCCAAUCAACAUUUGCAGUUUUAUUGGCCAAUGCCACAGCAUAUAGAGUUCGUGAAAAUAUGGACUUGAUCAAAAAAUAUGUUAGACAAUACUGGAUUCGAGCUUUCAAGAUUUCAAGUGCUAAAUUGAGACUUUCAUCUUUUAUUUUGGGAAAGCAUGAUCCAAGGGAAAGAGGUUAUGUUGUUUAUCGUAACAUUAUCUGUCAACAACAAAACCAAAAACCUGAUUAUACUGAACCAAGGUCAUUAAAAGAAGCCAAAGAGCUAUUUAAAAAGACUGACAUCAAAGCUGUUUUCAUUCCAGAUGGUGAUUUGGUAAGAGCUCCAAAAAAUGAUACGGUUUCAAGAAAAUUUGUUAGAAAGCUAUUUAUUCCAGUUAGCAAAGAUGAUAAACCUUUGGGUUCAAAUAGAGAAUCAAUCGCAAAGUUGGAUGAAAAGUAUCCAUUGGAUGAAUUUGAUGAUUCUGAAGAUGAACUAACAACUACAAACCAAUAUGAGAUUGUUUAUAGACCUCCACACUUCAAGGAAAGAACAAUUUUAUUCAUUGCAAUGUUGUGGAUUUUUGCUGCUUUAUUAAUUUGUGGUGUCGGUAUCAUUUCUAACUUAUUAGGUAAACCAAUUUCGUUUAUCUUGUUCAAAUUGAUUGAACCAUUACAGCAAAACACUGCAUUUAAAUCGUCGUUGUUUGACAACACUGUUGAGUUUAAUUGGUUAAACUUGGAAACAAGCUCAAUUUUGAACGGUAUUCAAAUUGUCGUUACUUUAUUAAAACUUUACGAUGAUUAUAUUCAAAGAAGACAUAUCCAAAUUGAAGAAGAAGAAGAAGAUAAUGCUGCUGCUGCUCCAGUUGCUGUUGCUGGUGGAGAUACCCCUUCACCUACACAUCGUGCUGCUGGAAUUCAAAGAGAACAACCGUUCAUUUCAGUCAUCCGUGAUGUUUCAAAAUUCUUGUUGGGCAACCUCAAAAUUGUUUUCACCACCGCAUUCUUUUUCAUUAAUGUUUUUACAUGGUUAUAUCUAGGUAUUUCGGCACACGUCAAUGCAAUCGAGAUCCCAUAUAGUUAUUAUAGCGGUAACGAUGAUAUUGAAGUUAUCAACGGUCCAAUGGUUUUCAGUUUGAAUCGUUACACUUUUCCAUUACAUUUCGUUUUGUUAUUUUUCACUAUCUUUCCAUUCCAAGAACGUUUCCGCUCAGAUAUUCGUGAUGCUUUCAGAAAUGGGCCAAUUGAAGUCAUUGAUUUUAAAUCAGUUCUCAAGAAUUACACCAAGCCUAUCUUGACCAGAUUACUUAGCGUGGAAUUGAUUGUUGGGUUAACCAAAUUGGGGUUGUCAAUUUAUGAAUAUAGAGAGAAUUCUGUACAUUACACCAGUUUCAAAGCAGUUUUGAUCUACAUUUUCGUACAAAAUGCCAUUUUCAGGGAUAUUUUAAUAUAUAGCUGGAGUGCAGUGGUUGGGUCAAAUUUAGUGCUUAGAGGAUUAGUUAGAAGCUGGAAGCUUUUCAAUCAAUUCAAUCAACAAAUCAAAGAAGAGUUUUAUGUUUCUGGUAAAACUUUGGAGAACUCAAAUGCUGUUGGAGAAGAACCAGUUAAUUGA